AGCAGCCAAUCCAAUCCAAGCAGUGUUGUACUUCACGUGGUUUGGUCGCGCCGGUUAAGAUCUCGAUUCCUUUUAAUAAUAAAGAAAAUUUUCAGCUAUGGACAGCCUUGCCGCUUCAAAACUUACUGGUUCCCAACGAGAGGAACUUAUGGAUCAAGUUAAACAGCAAAUAGCGGUUGCAAACGCUCAAGAACUGCUCCAGAAGAUGACGGAAAAGUGCUUCAAGAAAUGCGUAGGAAAACCUGGUUCUAGUUUAGACAACUCUGAGCAGAAAUGUAUCUCAAUGUGUAUGGACAGGUACAUGGAUUCAUGGAACCUUGUGUCUCGAUCCUACGGCAACAGGAUAGCACGAGAACGAGGUCAUAUGUGAACGUUAGAAAGGAUGCCAACUACUGUAUAUAUAUAUAUGUUGCCUCAAUGCAUAUUGUAUUCCUGAUUUAGUGGCACAUCAUUCGAAGAUCAAGGAAAAUGCAGUGGACCAUAGUGUUAGUAAUAAAAUAUCUCGUAAGAGGC